CCAUCCUCCAUGAAAUAGUUUAUAACCCCGCCUUAGCCUGAAUCCCACCACCUCAACCUGUCACUUCCACUUCUUUCCAUCUCUUUAAUGAUUGCUUCUUAUAGGAUUCCAACGCCAUUCUUCCCUCCAUUGUCGGCACAACUCUUUUUUUAUUUUAGCUGUGUGUUUAAGGAGAGAAAGCGCAUCUUUGUUUACAAGUUUCCAUUAAAAGAUCGAUCUUGAUGCCACCUUUUACCUCUUUUUUAUUCGAAAUUUCUCUUCUUGGGAUGUCUACAAUGUAUGAAUGUCACAAUCAGAGAAUAUCCGUUUUUUCCAUUUGACGAUCCUCUUGUUGCGUAUGAAAUGGCGAUCUUAUUACUUUGGCUUGUGUUCUAUAUUUGCUAUUGGUUGCUCCCUUCCAUUUUACUUGGAUUUUGGAAUUGUUGAACUCAUUCUCUGAAGUUUGUAGGAUUUUUUACUACAAGCAAUUCACCCGUUAUAGCUUUGAUUAUAACUUUCGAUCUAGUGGAAAUGAUACCCAAGUGGUGGAAUUUUCCUCUUCUGAUGAUUUUUCCUAGCAUUUUUAUGGUUGGCAUUGUCAAUGGUGAGCUGGAGGAGCAGCUGCUCCUGCAAUUUAAGGGAGGUUUAGUUGAUUUCAGUGGUGCUCUUCAGAACUGGAACUCCUCGGAGUCCAGUACCUGUCAAUGGAAUGGCAUCGGUUGUGUGGACUUUCAGGUAGCCUCUAUUAAUCUUCAUGGGUUCAAUCUCUCUGGUAGCUUAUCCGCUAGCAUAUGUGGGCUUCAUUUCCUAACCAUAUUUAAUGUCUCAAAGAACAUUAUUUCUGGUUCUAUUCCUAAAGAGUUGAUGAAUUGUAAGCAUUUGGAAAUUCUUGACCUUAGUACCAACAAGCUUCAUGGCGAGAUCCCCUCAGAACUCUUCUCUUUAUCAUCACUGAGGAAGCUUUUCCUCAGUGAGAAUUUUCUCUAUGGUCAAAUACCUGCAGUGAUUGGAAAUUUGACUUCUCUUGAAGAGCUUGUCAUUUACAGCAACAACCUCUCUGGAACUCUUCCUUCUUCUGUUGGAAUGUUGAAGAGUCUUAAAAUAAUACGUGCAGGUUUGAAUUUUCUUUCAGGUCAAGUUCCUGUUGAGCUUAGUGAAUGUGCUAGCUUAGAGAUUCUUGGGCUUGCACAGAAUAGGCUAGAAGGAUUUCUACCACCAGAAUUUGGGAGGCUGAGGAAUUUAACAACUUUGAUCCUCUGGGAAAAUAUAUUAUCUGGUGAGAUUCCAGCAGAGUUUGGUAACUUUAGUAGGUUGGAGAUGCUUGCUUUGAAUGACAAUGCUUUCACUGGGAGGAUACCAGGGGAGCUUGGGAAGCUAUCAAAGCUGAAAAAGCUAUACCUUUAUAGAAACCAAUUUGGUUCGAUGAUCCCCAGUGAGCUAGGAGGUUGUGUGAAUGCACUGGAGAUUGAUCUUUCUGAGAAUAAGUUAACAGGAGUCAUUCCCAUUGAGCUUGGUCAGAUCCAGUUUCUUCGUUUGCUUCAUCUUUUUGAGAACAACCUGCAGGGAAGCAUUCCCAGCGAGCUUUGUCUAUUGAGUAGGUUGAGGAGGAUAGAUCUUUCAAUUAAUAGUUUGACUGGUGCAAUCCCUCCUGAAUGUCAGAACCUUACCUCCUUAGAAUAUUUGGAGCUUUUUAACAACCAUCUAGAUGGUAUUAUUCCUCCUUUGUUAGGGAGCACCAGUAACCUCACUGUCCUUGAUCUUUCAGACAAUAAUCUUACUGGUACAAUCCCUGCACACCUCUGCAAGUAUGGGAAACUGAUGUAUUUGAGCCUUGGAGCAAAUAGAUUGUUUGGAAAUAUCCCUCUUGGUGUGAAAAAAUGCAGUACUCUUGUGCAGUUACUGUUGGGAAGCAACCAACUCAGUGGAAGUCUGCCUGUAGAAUUUUCUGAGCUCCUUAAUUUGUCUGCCCUUGAAAUGAAUCAGAACAGAUUUUCUGGCCCAAUUUCUCCUGAAUUAGGGAAGAUAAAGAACCUGGAGAGAUUGUUUCUUUCUGCUAAUUAUUUCAUAGGUCAGAUCCCUCCUGAAAUAGGUGACCUUACUGAACUUGUGAGUCUUAAUGUUUCCUCAAACCAGUUUUCAGGAUUAAUCCCUCAUGAGUUGGCAAAAUGCAGAAAGCUGCAAAGGCUUGAUCUUAGCAGAAAUCAAUUCUCUGGUUUUGUUCCAGAGGCUUUUGGUACUCUUGUGAAUCUGGCUGAACCAGAUGCCAUGACAAAAUACACAAAUAAGGAAAAAGUAAUUAGCAUUGUAGCUUUUGCUGUAGGAUUUGUGUCUUUGGUUUUGACAUUUGGCUUCUGCUGGGCUCUUAAGAGGCAUGUGCCUGUUCUUAUUUCAUGCGAAGAUCGUAAAAAUAAGAAUCUCACUAGCAUCUAUUGUCUUCCAAAGGCAGGUAUCACAUAUCAGCAGCUUCUUAAAGCUACUGAUUGUUUUUCAGAGACUUCUGUAAUAGGAAGCGGUGGCUGUGGUACAGUACACAGGGCUGUCAUGCCUGAUGGGAGUCUAAUUGCAGUGAAGAAACUGAAGCCUUAUGGGGAAGGUUCUACCAUUGACAGCAGCUUUCGUGCAGAGAUAUCUACUCUUGGAAACAUUAGACAUAGAAAUAUUGUAAAGCUCUAUGGUUUCUGUUAUCAUCAAGACUCUAACCUCAUCUUGUACGAGUACAUGGCAAAUGGAAGUCUCGGCGAGCUGCUCCAUGGGAACCGGGAGGCAUGCCUGCUAGAUUGGAAUACUCGCUACAACAUUGCUUUUGGUGCUGCUGAAGGUUUGCGCUAUCUUCAUUCUGACUGUAAGCCCCAAAUAAUACAUCGAGACAUAAAAUCAAACAACAUUCUACUGGAUGAAAUGUUCGAAGCUCGUGUAGGGGACUUUGGGCUUGCUAAAGUAGUUGACUUCUCAAACUCAAAAACUAUGUCAGCAGUUGCAGGUUCAUAUGGCUACAUAGCACCAGGUAAGAAUAUAGCUGCGGCAUUAUAUGAGUAUGCAUUUACGAUGAAGGUUACAGAAAAAUGUGACAUAUAUAGUUUUGGUGUUGUUUUGUUGGAACUGAUCACUGGGAGAACUCCAGUUCAGCCUCUAGAGCUUGGUGGGGAUCUAGUUAAUUGGGUGAGAAGGUCGCUGCAAAAUAUGGUGCCAACAUCCUGCAUCUUUGAUGACCGGUUAGAUUUGAGCUCGAGGAGCACCAUUGAAGAAAUGUCACUGAUAUUGAAAAUUGCUCUAUUCUGCACCAGUGAUUCCCCAUUUGACAGGCCAUUCAUGAAAGAAGUUAUAGCAAUGAUGACUGAUGCUAGAGUUUCAAGUUGCUUUCCCUCAACUCCAACAUGUGAAACUUCGUUCGAUGAAAAUGCCUCUUCUGAAGGUGCAUCCCUUACCAGUUGUGUAUAUGCCCCUAACAGCGUUGGUAGAAGCAUAUAAUGUCCAAUCAGUCGAAAUGGAAUUCUAUAGCUGUAUGUGCCAUAGCUAACAAGACAGCUCAAGCUUAAUUUUUGCCACUUCAUGUGGGAGGCCUCGUCAAGUAUAUUUUUCUGUAAGAAAUAAAAGUUUGAUUUUAGUUCUUUAUUACGAGUGCCUUUCUUAGCCGUGGAGCCGUUAUGUAAUAUCAUUACUUAGUAUGGACAUCUUGUUGAGAUUUGAGGAUUGUUAGGGAAAAAAUCUGUGAAAAUGUAAUGAUUUUCGGCAAACGCAUAAGUUUCUGUACGAAGAAAUCCAUGCUUUGCUUGAUUAGAUAUUCCUCAAACAAACUUGAGCAUUGGCACUCAAACAAACUUGUUGGCUCGUAUUUA